AUGGGCCACUCUGCUGCUCAAAAAGGGAGCCCCCUGGCCUCCAGUUCUGCCCCUCCAGAGGCUGUCCCUGAGCAGAGAACCAGGAAGACGAGAGGCCAGAAGAGGAAGAGAAUGGUGGACGUCAGGGCCGCUGCCCCUGAGAGCAGCCCCCUGCCCUCCAACUCCUCCUCUGAAGCUGUCUCCAAGCUGAAGUCCUGGAAGAAGAGGGGGCAGAAGAGGAACAUAUGGACAGUCAAUCAUGUUGAGGGAACGAAACUCAGGAUGAACAAGAGGAGAAGACCUAGUUACCGUCCAGAAGAUCAAGAAGCAUUCUACCGACUUCUGGAUGUCAUUGUCCGGGACAAGGACAGGCAGGACCUGGCACUCUCGGAGGAUCCUGUUAUCCAGAGCUUCUUGGAAGCUGACAUUUUUCUGAAAGUGUCUGACAAGUACCUGCUCGCCAUGGUGGUGGAGUACUUCGGCCGUGUUGGGCUCCCUGGUCACCUCUACAACAGGAUCCACUUCUUCCUGGCCCUCUACAUCGCCUCUGACAUGGAGGAAGACAACCCUAUGUCCAAGAGGAGCAUCUUCCAAUUCCUGCUAGGCAGGGAGCAGUGGCCAGACCUCUACAAGGAGUUCCUCAAGUUGAAGGUGGAAUUCUUCAACGCAAUGGGGCACCGAGCCUGGGUCACGCCAGAGCUGUGUGAGGAGGUCUGUCGGGGAGGAGGGUAG